AUGGAUAGAAUAACUUCAAUUUAUCAUGAUGCUGAUGUGUUGAUCUUCCACACCGGACAUUGGUGGACUCAUGACAAAACUUCUCGAGGUGAAGAUUAUUACCAAGAAGGCAACCAUGUUUACCCAAGACUCAAGGCUCUAGAUGCAUACACCAGGGCUCUUUCUACAUGGGCAAGAUGGGUAGAUAAGAAUAUUGACACCCAGAAAACACUAGUUCUCUUUAGAGGCUAUUCAAUCACUCAUUUUAGGGGAGGACAGUGGAAUUCUGGAGGACAGUGUCACAAAGAAACGGAACCAAUCUUCAAUACAAGUCAUCUGACAAAGUACCCAUCAAAGAUGCGAUCUGUUGAGAAUGUGGUGAGAAUGAUGAAGACUCCUGUGAUAUAUCUCAAUGUUAGCACGCUUACAGAUUACAGAAAAGAUGGCCACCCAUCGAUUUACAGACGGAUGUACACCAAAUCUCUAUCUCCAGAGCAACAAAUGGCUAUAGAGCAAUCACAAGAUUGCAGCCCUUGGUGUUUGCCAGGUGUACCAGACACUUGGAAUGAGUUGCUAUAUGCAUCUUUGUUGAAGGUUGGAAGAGGGUCUUGGGAAACCUGA